AUGGUCGUCGCUCACAAUGGGACGGAGAUCUACGUCCGAUGGACAGACCUGGGUCGGCCUCGCAAUUCGUUUCCACUGCCGCGCAGCAAGCUGCGGUCUUUGAAGGAUGGAAGAAGCUGUGAUGAGGGCGACAGUGUGCCGAUUGCUUUUCCGGCUUCUGCAAAGGAGGAAGCCACGGAGGCGGGAGCGCGCCGCUUCCGACUCGACAUCGAGUCAGUUACUUGCUGCACCAGCAAAAACCUCGAGAGCAGCGGGGAGGACGCAGCGGGAUUGUUACUUUCACCUCUCCAGAACCGCUGUCUGUAUGCCCAAAAUGGCUGGUGGAGCUAUGAGUUGUGCUGGCCUUUCCACAUUCGGCAACUGCACUUCCACACAGUCGCAGAGCAGGACGCGGCCAUUCUUCGUCGCUUCGAGGCAGCCGGUGACCAGCCUUCCACAGACGGACAGCAAAGUCUCUCCUUCACAGAGAUUGCUGGGGCGACACGUGCGCAAGUUGGCAGUGUUGGGGCUCUGCUAGGCAGCUUCGCCAGCGCCCCACUCUCCAAGCGCCGGAGUGCCGCGGUGUCGGGCCGGCCGGGUGCCCGCCUCUCUCGGGGGAACUUCUCAUGGCCUCAGGAGCUCGCAAUGGAUCUGGAAGCUGGAGAAGAAUGCAAGGUGGCCGUCCAAACUUGGAGCUUGAAGCUCGAAGGCAUUUUCCCACUCGAGGUUCCCGGCGUCGGAGGCCAUUUCAAUCCAGCCGAUGUGGAUGCCGCUGUGGGAACGCUGGCAAAGUCUGACGACAACGAAGAUGGCUGUGUGCCCUUUGCGGAGCGCUUUGACGGGGCAGUGGUGUUGGUCCGGCGGGGCGGAUGCUUCUUCCAAAUGAAGGCGGCACAUGCGGAGGAUGCUGGUGCUGUAGCGCUCAUCGUCUACAACGAUGACCGACCGGCAAUCGAAUCCAUGGAGGGCGUGGAGGAGUUUGUGCCGCCCAGAAUUCCAACGGUCUUCAUCCUCGCAGAUCAGGGACAGGCGUUGUCCCGUCACUUGAAGAGCAGAGUACACAUGGCGAAGGUGGGCGCUGACGGCUUGGAAAUGUCAAAGCCAAUUCAGUCGACCGUGGUUUUUCAUUGCAACGAGGAGUUUCAGACCCGGAAGUCAAUGUGCCAGAGCGGCGACACCGUCGACGUGAAACUCUGGGUGAAGUCCACCACCUUCGAGCCGAGUCGGAUGCCUUCACAUGCUCGUGGCAGCUCCUCUUGGGACGAGCUUCAGAUGACAAUGGCACAGGCCAUGACCGAGCAAUCCACGUCGCUGCGGCUGCUCAGGGCACACGUCUUGGACGUCUUUCCCAAGAAUGGCAGCCUAUUGGUGCAGUGGAUGAGCGAACAGGAACAAGAUCCCAUCCUCGGAAGCAUCCCUGGCAUGAAGGUGGACGAAGAGGCCAUUGCGUUGGUUCCGUUGGGGUCUGCCUUCCGCGAUGGCGUGCUGUGCAGCAGCGCACCCAACGCCUUCAUCGAGAAACUCCUUGAACCCAUGAGCUGCCAGGCAGAGUUUCUCGUGCAUGUUUCUUCUCUUUGUGCCGAUGGUCGUCUCGCACCAGAACAGAGCCGGCCCGCCCAGGCAAUUGCCUGUGUCGCCAACGAGAGCAUGCUUGAAGGACAAUUGCGACCCAAGUGA